CGGUCUCGUAACACCGAUGCUCAGUCGCCUUAGUUGAAUGUCUGACCCAGCACUUUGGACACCUCCGGACUCACCGGAGUUUAAAGGGACAGGUGCUAUAUUUUUUGAAGAUUUAGAUGCAGACUUCUUGGCCGAAAUCGAUUAUGAUGUGCAACAACCAGUACCGUUUUUAGGGUUAUGUUGUGAAACAGUAGAUCCAAUCAAGUUUUUGUCACGUUUUGAAACGAAAACAACCGUUGUUCAGUGGGCUGAUCCUCAAGAGAUUUUAUGCUUACUGAGAAACAAAUUAGUCUUGCUCAAGAAAUCCACUUCUGAAUUCCAGCGGGGUUCUUCAGUCCUUAGGAACGAUGUUUCAUUCCUACUUUUCGCACUAUAUUCCUCCGUAACGGAAUCGGAGUUUGAAAAGCGUACAGUUGUACGAUUAGUUGGCUGUAUCCGUUCAAUUUUGGGUUUCCUGGGACCAUUUGCGAGUUUGGUGAAAGAAGAAGCAAACAAAAAUCUUAUUCAUGCUCACUUGGAAAUAUGGUUGACAGUGCUGAAAAUCUUCAAUUUUCUUUGCAACAAAGCAGAAUAUGUGGUACUCGUAAAUGAGACGCUUGGAUUAAAACCACAGAGUUCUUUAAACGCGUGUGGUUACUUUCUGGAUAUUGUGUUGGAAAAUUUAAUACUUUAUUCAGGAUUGACUAACAUUCGAAGGUGCUCGUGUGAUGCACUCUUAUGGGUCGUCAUAAUCCAUUUCGUAGAAAAGACUCAGAAAAACUGGUUCAAAUUUUUCCAUGGGAAAAUGAUCAAAUUGAAUGCUCAACAAAGAGCAGAAUUUCCUGAAUUCAAUACUUUAGAGUGUAUUCGUCCUAAUUUCAAGUCCUACUUUCAAUCCUCAAGUUUAGAUAUUUCCCACCAAUCUUCUAUGACUGUGUGGUCUUUGUAUUGGAAUGUACUUGCAUACACUACUCCCAUACACAGUUUGUAUGCAGACCAUACAAAUCAGUCUAAGGUUGGGUUGGGGUCAUUACAGAAGUAUUCCGUUGUGGUCUGGUUGAUUCGCCAACAGUUCUUAGGAGAGGCUAUUCCUAAUAAUAGCGAAGUUCACGUUUGCCUUACAAGUUUACUUCGUUUAUCUGAAACAUGUGGGAUAAAUUUAGAAGUAGUGAGGUCUUUAUGGUUGUAUUUCAAAAGUUGGCUAAGCACAGGAUUUGAUACUUCAAACAGAUCUUCAGGUUUACUUACACCUAGUAUGAGUUUCAGAUGUUGGUACAACAAGGUAAAACCAGCGGGUGAGGCCAGACAAAAUUUCGUUAUGUUUUGUUCACUUCUCCGGAGAUUAUCGUCAUCAGACACUGAGGAGCUGUGUACAACCUUGAAAAUCCCACUGUUGUCACUGACUAAGCCAAGUAUUUCUUACUACUUUUUCAUAUGGGCUAAUUUAAUUGAAGAAGCUUUGGAUACAUUAUCAGUGAGCAUAGGCAACAUGGAUUGUAAUAAAAUAAGUUUAUUGUCCCUGGUUGAGAACAUUGUUGAGAUAUCUUCCUCGUUAUCGGAAUCGAAUAAUGUCGCCCAAAAAUCACUACAUAAUUGGGACCCGAAUCGCGGUUGUAUUCUUCUUCAAUGUUUGCAGUAUCUACUAGUUAUGUUUGGAGAAUAUGGAUGCUUGCAUUCGGAAUUAAAUAGUUAUUUGCUUUGUUUGUUACCAGUUGUUGAGAAAAUCAAUGGUGUCAUUAUUUCCUUACGCCGUAGUCUGUCUCUGUCUAACGAGCUUCUUUCUACGGAAUCAGAAUUCGCUUUAACACACCGUCCAGUAGCAUGCAAUCGAUUGUCUACUUCGAGUCAUAUUAGCGACCUCACAUCUAUCUCAAUUCAGUUUCUUGUCGAUCUUCUGCUUCCAAGUAUUUCCACUCAUGUUUCACUACCUUCAGGUCGUAUUUUUUUAAUCAUACAGUGUUUAGGCUCAUCAUAUUUUGAUUCUAUUAGCUGGCCUUUUGAUAUUAAGUGGAACGAAUGCAUCUUGCAAUUACUUGAAGCUGUAUGUUCGUUAGAAUACUCUGAAUCAAACUUAGAAUUGUUUAGCUUCUUUUGGAGUUCUGUUUAUCCUGCGUUUAAAAGGGCUAUUUCUAGACAGAAUACCAAAUGUGCUCCUAUACCCGUGAAUCUAUUAUCGAUCCUAUCCAAAAUUGCACUAUAUUUUAUUCGUUUAUCCAAUAUCUGUUUUUCAUACUGGAGCGAACAUAAAUCGACCAUCUAUCUUCUUGAUCCCGCUGACCUAUUUGAUUUGUUCACAAUGAAUCCGUCUAUAGAUUUUUCGUUUCAUUUUAGUAUUAUGAAAGCAUUUUAUGGCACAUCUAGUACAAUUAAAGAAUUGGUUAUCAUUCUUAGCUCAAGUAAAAAGGAAACUUCUACAGUUGCUUGGUUAUUCUUCGUCGCUUUACUAACGUAUUGUUUGUUUGUUAGAACUGUAAAUUCGUUUUCGACAGAAAGUCAUGAUGAUUUCAUCUUUCCGUCUUUUAUAAGCGAAAUUCGUGCUUAUCUGCCAAAGCAAAUAACCAUUUCAACAAUCUCCAAUUUAGAUCCUGAGACCAUUUUCAUUAAUAUAGCUGCUUAUUUCGAUGAACUCUCUACAUUUCAAGCUCGGAUGUUAUUCAAAUCUGUUUUUGUUGAAUAUAUCGGUCGAUUAAGUGAGUUUAUUUGUACAUGUUGCUCUGUGUCCAGUUCUGCACAGGAAAGUGGUUUUGGGUUGAGUCACACGACACAGAACAGUUUCUUAAAACCGGAGGAUUUAUGUGGAAGCGGUUAUCGAGUGGCAGGGAUGUUAAUUCGUUAUUGUUCAAUGUUACUUUAUUCUCCAGUCACUACCGAAGGCUCAGUAUCAAGCUUUGAGAAAUUGGUGAAUCACUUUUUUCUUCCACGACAGUUAUACGAAACACAGGAUUCUAACAGAUUUUCUACUCUCAACGAAUCUAAUAUAUUCCCAUGUUAUGUUAUGGAGUCCAUGCAAGAGCAGCUACCUGAACUUACACGUGGUAUUGCUCAAUUAAAUUGGAAAAGUGAUCCUUAUCUAUGUCGCAUAAUAAAAGACAUUGUCAAAAUACAUUAUAAACACCUUGGUCCAGGAGCUAUUGCCUCAAUGGUACUAAAUAGCCCUACAUUGGAUUUUCGGACUCAUAUUUUGCAGUUUGCCACUUACGAUCAAAUUAUCUAUCUGACUGAGAGUAAAGCUUUGUCCGUUUCUGGUUGUGAACAAAUCACAUAUCAGCGCAACAUUCUGUCUAAUGUAGGUCUCAAAGUUCUAUUUUUCAAAGCUUUGGUUUCAUAACUAACCAGUUUUCUCUACUUGACAUUUUCAUGUUAUUAUUCUUAACAACUCUAACUUUUUUGAAAAUUCGAUCCUUUUCUAAAUGAUCUCGUUUAUUGAAUUAAGUGCCUUCAUAUGCCUCUGCAAAUUUGUCAGAUUAGAAUUGGAUUUCCUUGCAUUUUCUUCCUUUGAAAACAGUAGUUAAAAGGCAAUCAAUGUACAAUAGCAUUGUUUGCAGCGUGAUUCGUGGUUAGAUUCUGUGUAUUACAUUUCCGUUGACUAACUUAUAAUAAGACUAUCGCUGUAAGAGACAUUACUGUACAUCUUUGAUCUGAAAUGAAUUUCUGAAUGAAUGGAAUGAAAUUUCAUCCCGAAGUCAUGACAUGGGGAUGUCAUGACUUAAAUAGAGGACACUUGAAGUUCUCAUUAGUAUACACAAAAAAUGACAUUAAUUUUAAAAGGCUUUCAAACUCAAAAUAUCAUACAAGAAACAACAUUUUAGCUUGAUGUCGUGUGUUAAUAAGAUAGGUGGUUUUUAUAUAAUCACUAACUUCAAUUAUCAACUCGCGUUACCCCUUUGUUUGAUAAUGUUUUUGGCUAAUGUUUUCCCAAAGAUCAGGUUAAUCUGUAUUUCCCCAACUUAAGUAUAAAUUUGACGGCUUAGUAAUCUAAAUAUUUGCGAUAUUAAAAUUAUUUUCUUGUAACAUUUGUAGCUGACUCUAAAAAGUCUUACCAACGAUAUCCCCCGUCUUUCGAUUAUCCGUAUUCAAGAUUAGGGUAAAUGAAUGUCAGUUCUCCCAUAUACCAUCGCAAAAUCUAUGUUUUAAAUUCGCUUAUCCGAGAACCUUAUGAGAUCUUCGACUGGUCUAUAUGAUGUUGUUGUCCUACUCUAGUCUUAAAGUAGCUUUAAGUCACUGGAUCCUCAUUAAGUCGUUUAUAUCUUCCCUUGUUAGGUAUAAUCAAGACGGGAAAGAACUAGCCUAAUAAACUCUGUUGUUAUCGCCAAAUACUUCCUGACUGAUUGCAGCCAAUAUCUAGUAGAGAAGGAAUAGAUGUGUAAAUUGAGGAUGUUUCAAACUUGACAUUUUCUUCAACUCGCCUUUGCUAUUUCACCUCUGUUUUUAUUAGUUAUUCUAUCAAUAAGUUAUCAACGAUAUUGUAAAUCUCAUGACUGCUGUCUUUUAGCGUGAACAAAGUUCAAUCACAAUUAAUUAUGCCAUUGAGUGUAUGGUUUUAAAUCAGUUUCUUAUUGCCAUCGUGUUCUGUUGCUACCAAUUUACUGAUUAAUAUUCUAUAUUUUUAGUGGUCGAAUAUGUUCUAUUACUAUGUAGUUAUUAUUUCACAUGCGUUUAUCUGAUUAUUAUUCGAAAUCGGAGUUAUUGCAAAUAAUUUCUUCUCCUUUAAAUUAGUGGGUGGAUUUCGCAUAUUCAAUAUACUCCAAUACAUAUUCAAGUGGUAUUUACCUGAGGUUAGUUGUCGAACUCUCUUCCAGACAUCUCCAUCCUUUAAGUGCAUUGCUUUUUUAUCAUCAGUAUAUAUAUGUAUAUAUAUCAUGUCGGUUGUAUGAGACAGGACAUUUAAUACGUACUGAUAAGACACGUUAGUAUGCCGUUUUUUAUUACGUAGACAAACAACUAGGCAACGCUGCAGACAUACUUCCUGUACUCAAAUCUACUGCCAUAUUUUUUUAUGUUUGAUGGUAGCUAGUAGUGUGACAUCUCAUAGUUCAUAAGUCAUUUUACCAAGUACCCAAAAAUGAGCUGUCUAACAAUCAUGUAAUGAGAACUAAUUUACUAUUCAUAACUAGACACUACCGGUGUUACGAAUAGAAAACGGAGUGACUCGCAUAUCAUAUCGAGUGUACUAAUACCUAAAGAUGGACUUGUAGUUUAGAAGUUUUUCAGGACUUACUUUAGUAAUAAAUAAUGGGUCGUAAUUGAUGGCGAAAACAAUCGGGUAAUGUCGCUAGUUCGAACAUGAUAGAAGCCAACUAGCCAGAGUAUCGAACUCCAUACGGUCAGUGAGUUGAAUUGUAAUUAUAAUUAUCAGAUCCCGAAUAUAAAUGUAAAUGGUAACUUAGCUUUAUGAGAAGAAAUUAAGGUGCCUGGCAAAAGUAUUUACUGAAAAUCAAUUUACCCAAACUGUUGCAUCUAUUACUCUGUAAGUUGAGUAAGUAUACUGUUAAAUGUAUUUUUUUCUAAGGUUAUCUAGUGGUGGAUAGUAUGCAUCCAAACACUAGUGCACCUAAGUAAUUUUCACUACUAAUUGUUGUGAUUUUCCUAUACGUUACCUACCUAAUGGACAACCAGCUAACAUUAUCCAACAAGAAUCUCGAUUAUAAAUCUUUCUCGUCUACAGACUAACGUCCUAUAGUUUGGAUAAUUGAAACACCUCGACGGACAAGGAAUAACCUACUGGUCCACAACACGCACCUGUUCUGUCCUUGUAUUUAGUCCGAAGUAAAAGGAUAUAAUGAGAAGCAAGCUUCCAUCAUCAUAUUUCAUUCACUCAGGUGAACCGCAGUCCGUUGUCCAAAACCAAUAUGGGGAAUAUGAAAGUAUUGUAAUCAGGUUAUUUAAUAUACAAAAUAAAAAUAUGUGAUAAUAUUCCCUAAAAUAGAUCCAAAAGUCAACAUUUUCUCGGUAUUUGAUUCUUUAUAGUAGUACUGAAAGCUUCUUUUGAGUUUUGGUCGCUUACUUAAUAAUUUGUCUCUGUAUUAUUAUAUGUUCUAGUUGAGAUCAGUACAAACAUCAAUAUCCAGACAUCUAAAGGUUUUUUGCUUUAUUUAUUAAGAGAACAUUUUCAGAAAUGUGAUCGUAUUCAUACAAUUUUGAAAUUACAUAUAUUCCCUGCGUAUCAUUCCUUUUUUUUUACAGUGAUGCUCCAUUUUUAGUUUCCCCUAUUCUACUGUCAAACACUUUAAAAGAUUUAACUAGCGCAUUGAAUUCUGAUAGUCGCAAACACAGUAUACAUAUUCUUAAAACGUAUAAAGAAGCGGUCACAUCGGUAGCUUGUAAAGAAACAAGAUCUCGUAUCCUUGAGCUCUGCUGUAACCUGGAUAAGAAAACCAUGGACCCUUCAUGCACUCUUGUCGCAUAUUUUGGUCUAAAAUAGUAUUUCUUUCAGCCUGUUCACAUUAGUGAGACACGAAUUAUGUGUAACGCACCCUAAAAAUGAUAUUUACAUUCAAUAAAGUUUUUUAUCACUUCGUCUUAA